AUGGUUGCAUUAAUUUCUCUGGUCGCUGCGCUGUUGGUUGUUACCCCAUCGUCGGCGGUUCCAUUCGGCUCACAAAGUGGCAUUCCCAAGCUGAAGUUCCCCGACCUAGGUUCGAGCAGCUUCUGGUGCAAUAUUCCAAUUCUAGAUAAGUUGAUGUGCCCUCGCGGUACUCUAGCUACGUCGAACACUUCGGUCUCCACGCCGCUCGGUACGGCGCAGGGUGUAAUAGACACUUCAGGUGUCGUCAGAUUCGCUGUUACGUAUGGUUCGGCGGACCGCUGGGAACCAUCUUUCGUCGCGACGUUGUGGGAGCUACCUACUGGUGCCUCAAACGCGUCUGGGUACCCCUUGGCAUGUCCUCAAUCAGACCUCGAUUCGGAUGCCUACUCAGAAGACUGCUUAGCAAUGUUGCUCUACGUCCCUCCUGGUCUCAUUGACGCUCCCGUCCUGGUGUGGAUUCACGGCGGCUCAUUCAUCGAGGGAUCGGCAACAGAUCCCGGCCUUGACGGUUCCACGCUUGCCAACAAUGCCGAGGCGAUUGUCGCGGUUGUACAAUACCGACUGGGCGCACUAGGUUUCAUGGCGCCAAGCGGCGCGACCAAUUUGGCAGUUCAGGACAUCAUGACGGCACUAGAGUUCUUGCAAACGGUAGUGUCCAGCUUCGGAGGGGACGCGUCUAUGAUCACCCUAGAUGGAGAGAGCUCAGGUGCAAAUAUGAUCAGGGCAAUACUCGCUGCGCCUUCUGCAUCCGAUUUAUUCCAGUAUGCCAUCUUGCAAUCAGAUCCAAUGGACUACGGUUUCCUCAAUACCACGAUCCAAGACACCCUGCAGACUUACUACAAUGAGCAGCUGCCUUGUGACUCCGGCAACACGACCUGUCUGAACGACCUCUCACUUGACACGAUCCUAUCUGCGCAGUCAUCUCUGAUGAAUGACGCUGACAAUCUGUCCCUGGCAGCUGGUGCUUCUGAACCAAUCCGUCCUGUACACGAUGGCACGCUGAUCACGUCCACGCUUGACUCUACCUCGCCAUUUCCGUCCGUCUCGAAGUCCGUCAUGCUCACAAACGUGAAAGAUGAGGCUAUGUACACAAUCUAUGGCUACUUCUCCGAGCCAAUCUCCGACACGUACUACGAGGAAUAUGUCGACGUGUCCUUCGGGGAGCCGCGUGCUGCCCGCCUUCUAGCGUUCUCGAGCUAUGCAGUGUCAACUGCAUCGGAAGGCAGCGAUACCCAGGACGCGCGACCGCAGCUGCAGGUGAUGGGCACAGACCAGGUUUGGAGGUGCCCGACAUGGACGUUUGCGCGAAAUUGGGUUGCGAACGGCGGCACGGCGUAUGUCGGCGUGUACGUAGUCGGCGCUUCCUACCCAGGAAAUUCUGCGGUGUCAGAAUGUACGCUGUCUGGUUCGGUCUGCCACCAGGACGACAUCGAGAUUGUUUUCGGCACCGUGUCAAAUCCCAAUGUCAAUCAGUCUGCGCUCAUCAACGAGAUGCAGCAGCGCUACUACGAGUUCAUCCGGACGGGAGAUCCGAACUAUGGUUCGUAUGCGACGUGGACGCCCGCGACGAACACGACGAUAGACGCUCUCGAGCUUGGCGGCUCGGGCAUCUACCCUGCAGGCGCAUGCGAGGAUGGCUACUGGGGCAGUUACGUUGAGUACGAUUACCAGUUUUACGACCUCUGA